AUGUCCAUUCGAGCCGGAGAAAAGAUCGCUACUUGCGGCCCUUCCGGUAGCGGAAAGACAACACUACUCCUUGCCCUCCUUGGCAUGAUCCAAUUCGAACAAGGCAAUAUUUGUAUCGAUGGACUCGACUUGUCAGAUUACUCCAGAGCUGAAACUAGAACCAAAUUGAAUGUGAUUACCCAAGAUCCAUUCUUGGUCGCCGGCACGAUCCGUUUCAAUGUCGAUCCCCUCCAGGGGGCGUCGGAUGCUAAGAUUAUCAGCGCUCUACAGAAGGUACGAUUAUGGGGGAAGAUUAAAAAAGAGGGUGGGCUUGACAUGGCGAUGAAAGUUACUGCCUGGUCACAAGGCCAAAAGCAACUCCUCUGCCUCGCUCGUGCGAUGGUUCGAAAAGGCAAAGUACUAAUUCUUGAUGAAGCAACGAGCAGGUCUGUGUAUCUCCAUUCAACAUAA